AUGUCCGCUUCUCAACCGCGCCCCAAGCGGGCUGGUGAAGACUUCACCCGCACCCACCACCUCGAAGAUGACGACCCCGAUGGUGCUUCCUCCAAGAAGCCUCGCUUUGACCUACGGAAUCCUUCCGCGCUCGCCCCCGAUGCGCUGGAAGACGACGCAGUUCUAGACGCAGACGAGAUCGGGCGGCGUGGGCAACAAGUCCGCCGCAAAGCCGUCAACCUUGAUGGUUACGACUCGGACAGUGAAAAUGAAGGGUUUUCGGCGCGCAUCGAGGCCAAGUCAAAAGCGAGCAAAGAGAAGCACGACGCUGACGAUGACGAUAUGUUUGCCGAGCUACAGGAGGAUUUUGGUGCCGAAGAUAUCGAUGCUGAUGAAGCCCUGCGGGAAAACAAGAAAAUGGUGCGAUUCCUACGAGAUGACGAGAUUGAGGGACAAGUCGCUUCGUCUAAAGGUGGCGGCACUGUGCGCGCUGAUCUCAGGCAAGGCGGCGACGCCGAUAAUGAUGAUGAAGAGAGUGAAAGUGAUGUGGGGGAUGAGGAGCGUGCAAGACUUGACGAGGGGUUGGACGAAGAGCUGGGCGCUGGGGCAAAGAAAAAGCACGCGCCGGUGCUAGACGCUUUCAAUAUGCGCACGGAACAGGAGGAGGGCAGGUUCGAUGACCAGGGGAACUACGUAAGGAAAGCAGCAGAUCCGGAUGCAGUCUAUGACAGCUGGCUGGAGGGCGUGUCCAAGAAAGAUAUUCGUCGCGCCAAGGAGGCCGCCGAAAAGCGGGAGGAAGAAAGGAAGGAGAAGGACAGGCAAAAUGACAGUGUACUGACCGGGGACGCCUUGAAGAUCAUUAUCACUCACCUAGAACGAGGUGAGACGGUCUUAGAAGCACUAGCACGGAUUGGCAAGGGAGCCCCGAGGAAACCGAAAUGGCAGGCGAAUCGCAACAAGAAUCGGAAGAAGCAAGCUGAAUCGGCGGCCGAGGAUACCGAAAUGACCGAAGAGGAUCCCAAGGCAGUAGCUCGAAAGCAAGCCAUCGAUGCCAUCACAGGUGCGGCCGAUAUCCUCAUGACGAGAGGGCAGGCGGAGAUCUACGAUACCGAGCGGGAGAUGCUCACCAGGCAAUAUCGUCGCGAGACCGGCGAGAACUGGGUUGAUCCCCCUUCAGAGGAUUCAGGACCGAAUGAAGCAGCUCCUGCGAUGUGGGAAUUCCGUUGGUCUGACGCUCGUGACGGAGGUAUCAUACAUGGGCCAUAUGACAGCGCGACAAUGGAGUCAUGGAAGAAUGCGGGCUACUUCGGCGAAGGGGUCGAGUUUCGAAGAACGACAGACCCCGGCCAGUGGGGGAGCGAAGCAACAUUCACAUGA